CUUUACUCGAAGUAGACAAAAGAAAUCAACCCCAGCUACUACUAUCCACCUACCCUUUAACGAUGAUUCGAGCUCGGCAGAGUAAGCGUUUAAAUCCAAAACUAGCACAGAAAAGAAUAACACAGAAGAAGAAAAAAAGAGGAUCAAACCGGGGAGAUCGGAUCCAGAAUAACUCCCGAAAACCCUCUUUCUGUAUUCUUCUUCCUUCUUUCCUUUCCCUUUCUUGUGUAAGCUUCCGAUCGGAACCAGUAUACCCAGUACCCAGCUUUUCAUUUCUGUCAUCGGGGAGGGGGGGGGUUUGUCCUCUCCAACCGAGCCUCCAUCAAAACUCUCUGAUGAUCCUGAUUCAAUUUCUUGGCUUGGCUCUUGGCCUUGGCUUGCUUGGCUGACUUGGGAAAAGAUAUGAUAUAUCAAAAGAAGUUAAUGCAGGCAUAUUUCGGUAUGAUUAUUGUACUUUCGGUCGGAUCG